AUGUAACCACCAAUGUUUGAAAGUUAGCUAGAUCCUGAAGAAAUGGAAGCAUGGCUUGCAGAAGUGGAAUUAGUGCAUGAGAAAAUAAAGAAAUUAUCAAAUGAAUAGGUAUAGUUAAAAAUAUGAAAUUGAAAGGCAAAUACAAAUACAAAGGAUGAUGAUGAAGAAAUAAUGAAGAUAAGAUAAAAAAGAUUAGAAUAAGAGAAAAAGAAAGAAGACGCUAGAAAAUAGUAAUAGAUUUAGAAAGAGGAAGAAGAACGAAAAGGGAGGAAAGGAAAAGGAUAAAAUAAAGAUUAUGCUAGUUUUUGCAAAUACUGUUAUUUAGAAUAUGUUAGAUUAACAGAUAAGUGUUAUUGGUGCAAAAGAGAGACUUUAACAUAAGAAUGUAAAAUGAAUAGAAUAAUCUAGAACGCUAUAACUAAUUAUUAGAUAAAGUAGAAAAAUAUAAAGAAGAUAAGAAUAGAAAACAAUAAAAGAAAUAGAAGUUUGAAUUAAUGGAGAAGACAGAGAAAAUCUUAUGGAAAAAGAGUACAUUUACACAUAAAAAAUGGGAAUAUUAUACAAGUUCAGAAGAGGAGAUAGAAUCUGAGCCAAUAGUUCCUAAGGAUGAUCCAAAUUUUAAAGCUUUAGAAUUAGAUAUGGAAUAGAGAAAGAAAAAGAAAGAGGAAGAUAUGAAAAAGGCAGAAGAAUUAAAGAAAAAAGGAAAUGAGUAUUAUAGUAAAGGGGAUUAUGAUUAAGCAGCUUGGAAAUAUUCUUAAGCUCUUGAAUUAGUUAAAGAUAAUAAGACAUUAUGGUUAAAUAGAGCUAUUACAUAUAUAAAAUCAAACAAAAAUAAAAAAGCAAUUAAUGAUUGUACAAAAGUUAUAGAGUAUGCUGAAUGUUUUGAAAAUGGUUACACAUAAAGUAGAGAUAGUUGUUGUAAAGCAUUUGCAAGAAGAGCAUUGGCUUAUUAUAAUAGAGAUAGAUUGUUAGAAGCACUCAAUGAUAUUAAUUAAGCAGAAGAAUUAAUACCUAAUGAUAAAUGGGUUCAAAAUCUUAAGAAAGAGAUCGAAGCAAAAAUAGAUCAUUAUAAAAGGUUAAAAUAGAAUGAAAAGGAUGAAGAAGAUAAAAAAUAAGGAAUUUAAGAAUAAAAAGAAAAUAAUAAUAAUUCUGAUCAUUCAAAAGAUAAAAAAACAUUUAUUGAUGAAAAUCUCACUUUUAAAUAAUUAAUUGAUAAAUUUGUUGGAGAAGAGGAAAUAGAACUUUUAUAAUUAUUUAAGGUAUUAAAAGUUGAUUCAAAUGAAGCCACUGCCUAUUUUUAUGAAAAAAAUGGUCUAAAAUAACUUUUAAAAAUAAUAUCUAAAAAUGAUGAGAAACUGCAUGAUUAAUAAAAUGUAAUUAUUUUAUUUACAAUUAGAUUUUGGCAAGUUUACCUGCUUUGAUUUUAUAAGUUUAUCAAGAUAAGAGUUUGUUGUAUUAGGAAUAAUUUCUUUAAUAGUACAAUGGAAUUGAAGUUAUUUAUGAAAAAAUAAAGUAAUUGUUAUAACAAGUGGAGAACAAAUCUUAAUCUGCAAUUUAUGAUACAAUAGCAGAUUAUCUAGAUGUUUUAAAUGUAAUGGAUGAAGAUAAACCCAGAUCUAUUAUUCAAUAACAUGAAAUAAUUAAAACAAGGUUAUAUCCUGAAUUGUUUAAUAAAAUUAUUACAUUGUAUAAAACUGAAAAAGAUUUAGUUGCUACAUUUCUAAGUUUUUGUAGUAACUUAUGUUAUGGAUAGAAUACACCUUUAAAAUAAGUGUUUAUGAUGAAUAUUAAUGAAAUUAUUAUGAAAUCUAUAGAGUUAUUUGAUAAAGUCGAAAUUAAAUAAGUUAAUAUUAGAAUGAUGAAUCAACUAUGUAAUUUAUUGUCAAAUUUGUUGACUGAAGAUAAAUAUAGAUUGUACUUCUUAUCUAAGGAAUUAAAUCCGAAUUUUUUUAAGUCAUAUUUAAAAUUUUUGAAAAGUAUUUAAUUUAAGGAUAAUGAAUAUAAUUAAUUAAAAGAAAAUGGUAUAGCCAUAUUGGUGAAUUUGACAUUUUAAAUAAAUUAAAUUCAAAUAGAGUAUGUUAGUAAAAUAAACUAAUUGAUUCCUACUUUAAUAGAAUAUUUAGAGUCUUAAUCAUAUGGUUUAGUGAUCGAGAGAGUCUUAACAGUAUUAGCUAAAGUUAAUUACGAAGAGAAUAUUUAUAUAAUCACAAAAUUUAUUAAAUAAUAUAGUAAUUAAUCAAUAAGAUGUUUACUACAAUGGUUAUCAAGUAAAUCUGGAAUAGUGAUUGAUCAAUUACGAUAAAAGUAAACAAAGUUAUAUGAAUUACUGGAAUAAUUAAAAUAAUAAUUGCAUAGUGAUAAUGAAAUAAUAUAUUGUAAUAGUUGUAAUGUAAUUGGUUAAAUAAUUGAUUUAUUAUCACCAAUAAAUGGAGAGGUGAAUGCAUGUUCAUUUUUUAAUGAGAUGAUACCAAGAUUGUUGAGUUUUGUAAAAGAUAAGACUGGUAAUUUUAGAAAGAAUUCAGCAAUUCUAUUGGCUAAAUUAACAAAAGAUUAAAGCAAUUUACAAAAUUUAAGAGAUUUGCAUGGAAUAGAAAUUUUAUAAUCAGUAAUGGGUAAAUUGUGA